GGAAAAAAUAAAAAAAGGACAGCAUCUUGGGUAACUAACAAGGUCAACAACACUAAAUACUGAGUGCGGAGAGACAUAGACAAUUUUCGGUGUAAAUAGUGAUUUGGGUUCCUAUUUUUGUGCGGCGCACCGAGGAUUCCGGGACGCCUUCGAAUUGGAAAAGGACCGUAAUGUAGUCUGCACUGUUGCAGAAUUCCCAUCGACACUGAAAACUUUCAUCAAGUGUGCACAACAGCAAAAAUGUUGCUUCCUACUUAAUAAUAUCCUUCAUAAAAACACCCUCAUUUUAUUUGACAAUGGCUGAGCAGAGUGUUUGCGAUGGUGAGAGUCACCUGGCUUAUUCAACAACUGCAUACAAUGACAGUAAUGGGGUUUCCAAGCAUCAAAUCCUGCCCAACAACAAUGUUUGCACCAAUCUAACAGAAUAUUACAAUCCACAUCCAGGCAACUUUGAUGGAAAUGAUAGUGAGAGCAAAGAUGAUUCACAAGAUUCCAUUGAAUCUGCAAUGAGUGCAACAUCUCAGAAUAGUGACUUUACAGGUCAAGACCAGUCUCAAGAGCCAGGAACUUCACCAAAGGAGAGUGCAACAUGUGUUAAAACUGAUAGAUUGGUGCUUUGCAAUCCAGUGGUUGAUUAUAACAAUGGGGCAAUUGGGAAGAGCAAUAAAGUGGGCAAGGGCAAGAAAACUGGUACAAGUGCUGGACGUGGCAGGCCCAGGAAGGCAUUGGUUCCCAUGUAUCAGAGUCAGAUCAGUGGGGACAAAAACACUAUCAAAAUAAGGAUUAAGAAAAGCAAUCUGUCCACCCAUGUACAGCUGACCCCAAACAAAAAGAAAACUGGUAGGCGAAAAAAACAGAAGACUUCAGACACGGACACUUCGGACCACGAAUCGACCAGCAAGCGCUACAAGAAUAAUAGCAACGAUGCGGAUCUGGACGAAGAGCCGUUUGAACCCGCUGAGCAAAGCGUAUGGGGUUCUUCGCUGCCAAGACACAUAUUGCAUUCAGUGUUCCAACAUUUAACUAUAGAGCGCGGCGCUUUGCCGACUCUCGUAAGGUUGUGCAAGGUUUGCAAAUUAUGGCGUGAAGUGGCUUCAGAGCCGACUCUUUGGCGGAAGGUCGAUCUGAACUGGGUUCGGGAGCGCUACCGUACAGACAUCAAGUUGCAUUGGUUGAUCGAGAAUAGGUUGUCACAUUGCGUUGAUUUGAAUAUGGGCGAGUGGAAGGUCAGGAAUAUCCAAACUUCAUUGGAAUCAAUAAAAGCUGCAUGUCCGCGAAUCAAAGGUCUUAACCUGAGCGGAUGGAAGGGUUUAAGUGCAGACAACUUAAAAUAUAUCACUAUGGAAUAUGAGAAUCUACAAAGAAUCGAUUUAUCUUCGAUAAACUCUACUACAGCUAUAAAUGCUUUACCUUUGGUAAAUCUUGGACAGACUAUGAACAGUCGCCUGACGCACCUGGUGUUGGCUCAUAACAAAAUUGCCGGGUUUUCUCAAAUAAUGGCAUCGAUCGCAGGUAAUUGUUCAAAUCUCGAACUCCUCGACAUUUCAAACAUUCGAACAUUUGCUCAUAACACCGCGCUCCUCCAUGUCGAGAAAUUGCAAACUGGUUGCACCAAAUUGAGGGUGUUACGCAUCACCAACAGUCAAAUUUGGUUGGCACCUGCUAGUCUCUCCGAUCAGGUCGCUUCCCCGGGUUUCCCAGAACUGGAAGAAUUAUCUUUGGCAGGUAUCGAAGAGGACAAGACGACAACGGCACGUUGCGUCGACGACGAAGGCAUCGAAAGGAUAUUAAAAAAUGCCAGGAAACUGAGGCUACUUGAUGUGCGCGGGUGUAUCCGUCUUACCGAUUCUGGUUUAGUUAAAGUUCCUGCCUGGGAUUUAACGCAUCUCUUCCUCAGCGCUUGCUUCAUAACAAGGGCACAUGACUCCGGCCUUGAGUUAAUUCUACAAAAGUGGAGUCACAGUUUGCUGGAGGUGGAUCUCGCCUGGUCGACAGCGACAUCUUCCCUGGACGCAGCAGUCCUGGCUCUAGCCGAGAAAGGUGCAGAAUCACCACUAAGGACCAUAAACUUGUGCGGUUCGUCCGUGAACUUAGAACCGGUGAAGGCCGUCUUAUCGAAAUGUCCGAGCCUGAAUCACAUCAACUUACAGUCCUGCCGCGCCCUGCCCAGAGGCAUAAAGCGAAUGUACCACGGUGACUCCAUCCAGGAACUGAAGCAGGCGCUGAAGGAUAAACCAAAGACUGAAAACAGUGAAUCUGACGGUGAAGUCAAUGCGGAUCAAACGACCAAUUAAACGUUUGAACCAAUGCAUGCAUAUUUAGUGAGUGAUGAAUAUCGUUGCCUGAUAAAAAAAACACAUGAUUCUUUCAGCAACAUUAAAAAACUAAUCAUUACAUUCAUCUUUUCGAAUGUAUAAAUUUAGGUUGUAUUUUAUUUCGAUUUUUGUUUUUUUUUACAUAUAUUUUUCGACUGCAAAUUUAUUUAUUUUAUUUGGGAAGUGCUAUCCAGAUUGAUGGAGGGAAAACAAAGUAUGAUCCUUAUGCACUCGCACAAUUCACCAUUUUUAAAUACGUCUUCUAAUCGAUUAUUGGAUUGAAGCACAUGCUUUUUAUUUUGGUAUUUGGAAACGCCCGAAUUUGGGCGCUUUCCGUCGAAAUUAUUGUUCUCUUAGUGCUGAUGGAAGAGUGGAUAAUCUGAAGUAUCAGCAUGGCUGGAGAUUGAAAGAAGCAAGGACGAAACUCCAAAAUUAUUAUCGUCGUAUGUUGUUUUGUUUUGCAGGUUUUUUUGGAAACCACAAACAAAGUGUAAGAACGUCGUACUAAAAUCAGUUGAUUUUCUUAAAUGAACGGUACCUGUAUUUUUGUGUAACAAAUUAUUUUAGAUACUUGUUGCAAUUUCAAAUAAGAUUAAAUAAUGAUAUACAUAUAUAUAUGAGUGUAGAUGGUGUGAAAAUGAGUUUGUUCUGGAAGAGAGUAUGAAACAAAAAAAAUAUAUAUAAAUAUAUUAUGAUGACAUCCAUAUUUUGAUUCUAUGAACGUGAAGGAGACAAAGUGUUUUUAUAUAAGAAAUUGAAAGAAAUGAAGGAAGGAAAAAAAAACAGUAGAGUUAUUAUAAACAACGUUGUUUAUUUCAAUUAAUAUGGAUUUUGUUUUACAUAUAAAAAAAAAUAUAUAUAAAUAAUUGUAAAUCUCGAUUAAUUUUUUGGCAGCCACCGAGGAGAGCAUGAAGUUGAGCAGUUUCUUCUUGUAGCGGCCAAAAACAGCAUUAGUUAAGAUAUAACAAUAUAUAUAAACAUGGUUAUAAUUUUUAUAUAGAUAUAUAAUAUUUAUGUGGAUUCUUUUAUAUUAUUAUUUGUUUUUUUUUCUUUAAAGAAUAUGUAUUUGUAACGAAGAUUUAAUACUGUAUUAAUCUCUUUAUUUUUCCAUUACGUUUUUUUUUUAAAUGAUUAUUAUUAUUUGGGCAGCUUUAAUUUAUUUAUACAGAAGUAAAACACGAACAUCCGGUUGAGAAAGUUAAUUACGUAAGGCACUUCGAAACGACACCAUUUAUAUUUAAUCCGAAUAACUUACAAACAAAAAUAAAAAAUAUAUAUACUGAUGCAAAUAAAUGUUAGGACGUACUUAUAUUAAUUUUGUUUUGUUCUCAAUAGCGAUUUGUAAAUAUUUUCUUUAAUUGUACAUUACCGACUAACAGACGCAAAAUUAUUAUGUAUGUGAGUGAGUGGCGCGAGAAAAGAGAAGAUUGCUUUGGAGAUGAAAAUCGAAAAGUUCCUAAAGUGUUUUGGUUAGUAGAUAAUAAUUUUGAGUUUGUUUCUCCUCGACAUAUGUUGAUAUAUAUAUAUAUGAACGUAGAUUUUUUUAUAUAUGAAAAUAUGGAUGUGGCGAGGACGGGAGUUGUUGGCUAAUUUUGUUUUCACAAAGUUUAAGAGAAGUGAAACGGUGAAAUUAUUAAGAGAAAAUGAAAAAAAAAA